AUGCGCUAUGCUUCAGUAGUGUUGCAUUGCACGGCUCGAUUGGAAACCCUGCGCGCGAGCGAUUUUGCGCAACUUCGUACAUCUUUGAUGCCAUCAUCUAAGCUCAGUUGGUUACCUUUUGCCACCGGCAAGCUGCAGUGCAAAGCACACGCUGUCCGAUUUUUCGCGGCUUGCUUGUUUCAGUCAUACUGCCCAAUGUCAGCUUGCAGGUUUGCGGCUGAGAAUGCGUUGGUGUCAGUGGCUUUAUUCUUUGCCGUUUCUGGCUUUGAUCUGCACGCAAGAGAAACAUUUCAGUUCCCUGACAAUGAGUUGGGAUGA